AUCCGACCCAAUCUCACCGAUUGGAAGAAGAAUGGGCUGAUCCGAAUAGACAGACAGCUUCAUGAAAAGCGAUACAAUACAAACAAACAAGUAUUUACACUUGUGUAUGCUAUGGUCCUCUUCCUCUCUCCGUUUCCGGUCACCGGUUCUCGUCAUCCUCUUUUCGACAAGAUAGAGAUUAGGAGCCUGAUAACACAAUAAACAAAUCUGAAAACUCGUACAACUGGUUAAGAAUUACUGUUCAGAAUACAUGGCUUGUCAAAUGGGAUCGACGAAUCUGCAGUGGAGAUUAUCAGUUAUAGAGAAUGAAGGCUCAAAAAGAACAUUUACACCCCUUGCAACUUCUAGAAUCUACAGAUGUUGUUGUGAGUCAAGUUUUAGUGGCGUAACUCCAAAUGUUGGCAUGAAGUCUUUGCCUUUUUCUCAGAGCCGUUUCCUGGGAAGAAGAGCUGGGUGGAAAGUAGCUUUGGCCUUGAACACAGAUGGAUUGUCCGGUAAUGAUGAGCAACAAAGCCUUAAUGAUUCUGGUUCGAGUUUUGGUGGCACUCGAUUGGGUAGAAUACUGAGUGCAGGUGGCAGACAACUUCUGGAGAAGCUGAAUUCAGCUAGAAAGAACUUCCCUAUGAAAAUAUUCCUGGUGCUUUUGGGUUUCUACACGGCAAAUGCACUUGCUACAAUCCUUGGUCAAACCGGGGAUUGGGACGUUCUGGUUGCUGGUAUUGUAGUGGCAGCAAUAGAGGGCAUCGGUAUGCUAAUAUAUAAAAAUCCAGCUACUAUGAGGACUGGGAGGUUGCAGUCUUUUCUAGUUAUGGUGAACUACUGGAAAGCAGGCAUAUGUUUGGGCCUCUUUGUUGAUGCUUUCAAGCUAGGCAGCUAAGGACCAGAAACCUGUCUUUCUUGGUCUCUUCGAUUUAUCGUUCUAUUCUAUAAAACCAUGGUAAGCCAUAAGUGCAAAGUUGCUUUUCAUAUAAUGCUAGCUUAAUUUUAUUGAUAAUUGUUGCACUUGAAAUUGUAAUAUAUGAAUACCAUUGUUUAAUGAGGCAUUAUGCUUGGUGCGCUGUUGCAUGUGCUUCUGUGAUGGAGAAAUUGUGGCAUUCUUGACACAACCUGAA